AUGAAGACUACGUGGAAGGAUAUUGCGCCUGUGCCCACACACCAGGAAUUCCUGGAUAUUGUGCUGAGCCGAACUCAGCGUCAGCUGCCUACGCAGAUCCGCGCUGGUUUCAAGAUCAGCCGUAUCAGAGGUUUCUACACCAGAAAGGUCAAGUACACCCAGGAGACUUUCUGUGAGAAGUUCCAGCACAUUCUCGAUGGAUUCCCUCGUUUGGUCGAUAUCCAUCCUUUCCACAAGGAUUUGAUGAACACCCUCUACGAUGCCGACCACUUCCGCAUCGCCCUUGGUCAAGUUUCGACCGCCAAGCACUUGAUUGAAACCGUUUCCCGCGAUUACGUCCGUUUGAUCAAGUAUGCGCAAUCUCUGUUCCAGUGCAAGCAGCUCAAGAAGGCCGCUCUUGGUCGUAUGGCCACCAUCACCCGCCGUCUGAAGGACCCCCUUGUCUACCUGGAGCAGGUCCGCCAGCACUUGGGUCGUCUGCCCUCCAUCGACCCCAACACUCGUACUCUCCUGAUCUGUGGAUACCCCAAUGUCGGAAAGUCGAGUUUCCUGCGCAACAUCACCCGCGCGGAUGUCGAUGUUCAGCCCUACGCUUUCACCACUAAGAGUCUGUUCGUCGGUCACUUCGACUACAAGUACCUUCGUUUCCAGGCCAUUGAUACCCCCGGAAUUUUGGACCACCCCCUUGAGGAGAUGAACACCAUUGAAAUGCAGUCCAUCACCGCUGUUGCCCAUCUUCGGUCCGCUAUCCUCUACUUCAUGGAUCUUUCCGAGCAGUGUGGAUACUCCGUGGGUGACCAGAUCAAGCUUUUCCACAGCAUCAAGCCCCUGUUCGCCAACAAGAUUGUGUUCAUUGUCGUCAACAAGAUCGAUGUGCGCCGUCCCGAGGACUUAGAGCCUGAGUACCAAGAGCAGCUUAACGAGAUCCUCAAGGCCGAGGAUGUCGAGAUGCUGCAGACUUCUUGCACCACCACUGAGGGUGUGAGCGCCGUCAAGAACGCCGCUUGCGACAAGCUCCUCGCUGAGCGUGUUGCCCAGAAGCUCAAGUCUGGCUCUGCUUCCGCCACCCCCAGUGGCCGUCUCGGUGACGUCCUGUCCCGUAUCCACGUCGCCCAGCCCAUGGGCGGUGUCCGCGAGACCUUCAUCCCCGAGGCCGUCAAGAACCUCACCAAGUACGACAAGAACGACCCCAACCGCCGGAAAUUGGAGCGCGACCUCGAGGAGGAGAACGGUGGUGCUGGUGUGUACAGCUUCGACAUGCAGCGCGACUACGAUCUCGCCGACAAGGACUGGAACCACGACAAGAUCCCCGAGGUGUGGAACGGCAAGAACAUCUACGACUUCGUGGACCCGGACAUCGAGACCAAGCUUGCUGCUCUCGAGGAGGAAGAGGAGAAGCUCGAGGCAGACGGAUACUACGAUUCCGACGAGAGCGUGGAAGACGCCGAGGAUGCGGACAACCGCAUGAAGGCGGAUCUGAUCCGCGAGAAGCGUGUCCUCAUGCGCAACGACGCCAAGAUGCGCAAGUCUCUCAAGAACCGCGCCCAAAUCCCCCGCAGCGCCAAGGCCAAGAAGCUCUCCGAGAUGACUCGUGGUUUGGACUCCGCUGGUUACGACAACGAUGCUGCUGGUUCCCGUGUCCGUAAGCAGACCCAGGCCCGCAGCAGCCGCCCCAUCACCCGUGAGCCUACGGCCGAUGCCGACGCCAUGGACGUCGACGACAACCCACACAAGGCCCUUGCUCGUGCUAAGAGCCGCGCCCGUAACCACCCCGUCACUGAUCGUCUCAACGACGGUAUCACCAACGGCUCUCACGGUGUCACCAGCUUCACCAACCGUGACAAGGCUGAGCGUAUGCUCAAGCUCGGCCAGAAGAAGAUGCAACGCCAGGCCCGUGCUGGUGAGGCUGAUCGUCACACCACCGCUUCUCUCGCCAAGCACUUGUUCUCCGGAAAGCGUGGUAUGGGUAAGACAGACCGUCGUUAA